UGGAUAUUGAGGUAGCGCGUAUGUUAAACGUAGCGCUGCGAUCCCGUAGUUUAGAUUACCAGUGUCUUAAUUUAAUGCUUGUAUUAUUUCUGACUGCUGUCGAUAUCUUUAAUAAAUAUAUAUAAAACUACCCACCUGACGCAAUUCUCUGACAUUCAAUGUUAUUCUUUCUUGUCCUAAAUACUUUCCCAUCGCCUUAUUAUAAGUUGCUCUGAAUCAAGCAUUGUCAUAAUAUGGAAAAUACGAACGUAAAAAGAUCCCGACGUUUUAACCCUUUUAAUGGGAAUGUUAAUGAACACUAUAGUGUUAUAUCCUCUCUGUAUGAUGUUUCACCCGUCAAAAAUCCAAGAGAAAAAGGGUUCUUAGAAUUUCUAUCUAGUGAUUACUUCAGCUUGCCAUUCGAACACGUUAAUGAGAAUUCAUCAGUGGAGGAGUUAAAGGAUGCAAUCUUCAACUGCAAACACAUGUUCUUGGCUUUGUCUAACGAGUCAUCGGAUGGAAAAGCUCGCUUACUAGAUCGGUUGAUUGAAUUACGGAGGAUUUUACAGGAUGUUAAGGAGUUCUCAGACACUUCGACAAAACCAAGUUGGUGUUCUUUUGGAUCUGCACCUUCAAUUUUUCCAAAUCGAUCAUUAUUAUCACGCAACUUAUUUCAGGUAUCUCUACCAAGCUUGCCCCGGUUUAUUAGUCCAGAAGGUUCCUGUUCAUCUAUAAACCAUACUUCACUCUCUGGUGGCCAUGACUUCCGAAGGGUUUCUGUGGUUCGUUAUCUGGGAGAAACUUGUGAAUGUUGUGGACAUAUAAUUCGUCGUCCGGCUGGUAAGAUAUUAUGUUGUCGGACAUGUGGUGUUAUGUGUCAUUUUGAUGGGUGUCUUGAUAGUUUAACACGUCGGUGUCCAGGUGCAUUAAUUUUACCCAGUACUACAACCAAACACCAUUUGGGAUGUCGGCGUUUUCGGACAGAAAGUGAAAGUGGUACUCACAACAAACCGAAGUUACAUCCUGUUGGAGUUACCUUAUUGGAUACUAGACAUCGUAUUUCUUUUAAACAUUUGGAGGUUUCCAAUCUAUCUUUCCUUGCAGCAGAUCUGACUUUGCAAUCAUGGACUUGUGCAGAAUGCCUGAGACCCAUUUACUCUACAUCAUCGAAUUCAGCUUUGUCAGAACAUUCGAAUACAUAUAUCCCCAGUAAAACCACCAACAAAGUCCUUGAAACGGGUAUUGGUCUACUCGUUGGAAAAGCUUUUGAAGAUAUAUUACCAAAACACAACUCUAUGUAUCAUAUGAUGUCUCAGCCAAAUUCUCGACAGUUUUCUUUACCUACCUCUUUAUUCAAACCUAUUUCUGCAGAUCCAUUUGUAGUAGAAUCCAGUCAGUCAACUGAUAACUCUAAUCACUACUCUGUUUUUCCUUCGCGUACCACUUUCGAACCGAUCCAGACAUGGUAUGAUGCGCGUGUAAUGGAGGCAUUUAGAAAAGUUGGUUCUCGAAUCUCAUCAUCCCCAUUUAUUAAAACGCAAAACGGACACUUAAAAAUAGAAAAACAAACAAGUGACUUAAAUAUAUUAGAGAAUUAUGCUGCAGACACUUCGUGCACUAUGGAUGCUGCCCGUUUAUGCUACUACUCGGGAUAUUUUUAUUGUUCUAGGUGUCAUUGGGGAGACACUUACCAAAUUCCAUCAUGGAUGUUUGUUCUGGGUGAUUAUAAACCCAAACCGGUCUGUCGAACCGCGUACCUGUGGCUGAAUUAUGCUUGGUCACGUCACUUAUUUCGCGUCCCUUUAUCAUGGUAUUACCAUGAGCCUUUGGCUCGACAAGUAUUUUCUAUUCGUACGAGGAUUUUUAGACUACAACCAUAUUUCAGUAUAUGUUCAGAUGCCAAAAGUUACACGUUUGAUUUUGAAAAAUGUGGUCUUGAAUGGCUUCUCGAGCAACCAUAUACAUUCACCAUGGAUCUAAUAAGUCAAGUAUUGAACGGGAAACUAAUUGUACAGUUAACAAAUUUCUUAUCUAAAGUAGACGAACACAUUGAGCAGUGUCAGUCCUAGUUUCGUAUGAACCGGAGCCAGUAGAUUUCUAUCAUUAUCUUUUUCUUGUGAUUGUUUUAUUUCAAUAUAACCAAAUCAUUUUACAUCGUCUAGGUAUGUGAAACUCAUAUCCCGAGGUAUUGUGUAGUUUGCAAUGAGGGACCUACACGCCCAUAUCAUACGAAAAUGGCAUUUUGUAAUCAAUGUAAAAAAUCAUGUCAUCGAUCCUGUUUGUCAGUGCCAUUACCUGUCUGUUUGAAAGAUACUCCAUCCCAUAUGAAUAUUCUUAAAGCCUACGGAUUAUCUGAAUCGGAUUUUAACUAUAGUGAAGCUCAUGAUGAGUGGAUCGAAGUACUUUAUCCUUCUUUAUGCGUACUAUGUAAACAGUGUGGUUCAUAUUGAAUCAACAACAUUAUUUUAUUGGACGGAUCGUUUACUCUAAUAUAUUUGUGUCAUCUGCAAACAUUCCCAACUAUUUUUAGACUAUGAUUUUCAGGAUAUCGUUGUACAUUUUCGUGAUUAGAUGCAUCUGUAUAUAUGCGAAAUAAACUCUGAAGUAUAUUCUUGAUAAUUUUUUACCUGCUUAAUUUAUGUUUACUUUCACCUUUCCUGGCAUAUUACUUUUUGUACCUUGGUUUCAUAUUCUCUACCAAAGUAAAUAUAAUGAGUUCGCUGCUGUUAAUUUAAAAUAUUUUCCUUUAUUACGAAGGAUUUAUUUCUGGCAGAAUAUUAGCUUCCCAAUCUGAAUGCUAAUAGCGAUUUGAGCUAUCUGAGCUAAAAUAAAAUUAUUAAUAAAAUACUAAUUUCGUUUACUGAUAUGCUUGUGAAGUCCAUUUACGCCGUUGUUAAAAGCAC